GUGAAGUUUCCCUCGCUUCCCGGAAGGGUCAAGCUUACCACAAGCGCAAGGCUCGCUUGGUUGCCUGCGGCAACCACGCCCCAGGUUUGGCAGAGGAAGGGGAGCUUUGGAUCCUCACGCACGCGGUGCUGGACCCAAACUGGUGGCGUGUUGUUCGCACCUCUGACGGGGUUGCCGUAGGAGGUAAAGAGGUGAUCGCAGCCUUGGCUACGGCCAUCCAGGGCAUCUGGAAAACGACACCUCUCGCAAUUGCCACCGCAGAGCACCCGCUGAGGUUUUUGGGAGUUGAAAUCCUAGUGCAAGGUUCCGGGUUUGUUUUGUCUCAGCAGGCUUACGCCGAAGAGCUGCUUCGUCUCAACAACGUGAAGCCCACAGCACUAGGUAAGGUCCCCUGUCCUCGCGACCUCGUUUCGUUUGACACUCUCCUGACGGACGAGCCCCCAACCGAGGAGACCGUUCGAACAGCACAGAGGCUGACCGGAGAAAUCCUGUGGCUGAGCCAGCGCACCCGGCCUGACUUAGCUUUCACUGCUUGUGUGCUUGCCUCUCUCAGCACGAAGGCGCCGCAACGAGCCAUCCGCAUUGCAGAGAAGGCCCUUGCGUAUGUGCAGCGUACCAAGGCGCUAUCCCUCACCGCUAACGCGGAUGACACAGGCUUGAUCGCGUACAGUGAUGCCAGCUACGCACCAGAAGGGAAUCGGUCUCACACAGGGUGGGUGGUUUUCCUUCACGGGUCGCCGGUGUGUUGGCGUUCAGCACGACAGUCCUUCGUCACACUUAGCACGGCAGAAGCCGAACUUGUUGCUGGACUUGACGCCGUAGUUGCCCUGCAGUCAGCAGAGGCCAUGCUGAGUGAGUUCGGGGUUUCUAGCCUCGACAAGACUUUAAGGGUUGACUCGCAGUCUGCAUUGGCCAUUGCCAUCGGCCAAGGGUCUUGGCGAACCCGCCACCUAAGGGUGCGCGCCAACUACCUCCGAGAGCAGUACGAGUCCGGUGAGAUCAUCCCCGUCUAUUGCCCAGGAGUUGAGCAGGUUGUCGGUGCUGCCAGCCAGUCAACAGACGAAGAAGAAGACUUGUCUCUCCCUGUGCCGCUUGAUGCAGAUUUGAUGUUGGCAGUAUCCAUCAUCUGCAUUGGCAUCUGCUUCAUUGCAGUGUGGGAGUUCCUCAAGUGGUGCCUUCAAGGUGUCAUCUCCCGCCGAGAGGCAGGGACAGCCGUGUCGUCCCUCAGCCCUCGCAAGGCGCGCAAGUUGCAGCGCCUUCGAGAUCAAACUGCGCAGGCCAUCCAGGCCGAGAUCUCUGCACGUGAGGAGGCAACAAACUCGCAGGCAGCUCCUGCAGCUCCCAGACGCCGCCCCUCACAAACAACUCGCACGCGUGAACAGGCAGGUGGAGCACCAACGCGUUACUUUGCAACACCCGAAGGGACCAAGCUCCACCGCACGAAGACCUGUUCCACGCUCGCCCACUCGCACAGGUUUGUUGAGUUCCAAGUGUGCCAGCAGUGCCACGGGAGCACUGCCGACCACACCCAGCACAGCACAGGGUAG